AUGCCACCUCACGUGGAGGCCGAAGACAGGGCGAGGCAGCAUCCAUAUGCCCGCCCGUCGGCCGACACCCCCUUGCAGAGGGCCCGUAGGACACCUCGCAAGCGUAAGAGAGCCGAGCAGGCAGAGCCCGAGUCGACACCGGACUCAUCACUCCACCUCUCGCCGGGAGCCGACCCCGAGCCAGCCAAUGGGUUAUCGGCCCGGCCCUUCCGCAGGCGAUCUGCUCCUGGUCGCCCCUACGCGCUCUCCAGCACCCCCGAACCCGUUGCGCCGACCUCGCCUACCCUUGCGGACGACGUGGCCACGCUCCUCGAAGCUCUCAACUUUGCGCGCGAGCUGGUCGCCGAGCUCGAACAUCACCACCGCGACUCGUUCUGGGCGCUGCAGGGGCUCGGAAUUCCAAAGGACCAUUUUCGCCGUGCAAAGCGCCUGGUGAAGGAUCUUUCGAACCAGAAUGCUCCCGCCCGCCGCCCCGCACCGCCCAUCGACAACGAAGAGGACACCGAAUUUCUCCUCGACGCGUUCCGCAUCGCGCGUGAUCUCGUUCCCGAAGUGCAAGACAUGCACCGCGAGGACCGCUGGGCGUCUCAGGGCCUCCAGGCGUCGACUGGCAGGUUUAAGCAGGCCCUCCGCGUCGUUCAGAAGCUGUCCUCUAGGGCAGUGGUGGCUGCGGAUGCCGCCGCGGCCCGUCAGCAGGUUCUACGUGUUGUCGAACCACAGCCCGCACGCGAACCUCAAACUCGCCCUCAGCCUCAGCCACAGCCACAGCCCCAGCCCCAGCCUCAGCCCCAGCUUCCCCCUCAGCCUCAGCCGCAGCCGCAGCGCGAGGUCUCAUCCGAGCUCGUCGCCGAGCUAGAGCCUGAGCGCAACGCCAGCGUCACCCAACUGCACCCAAAGCCCGACCGCGACGUCAAGACUGAAUCCUCGCCGAUCCCUGCGCCCGCGAACGAGAAGACUAACGGUGAUAUGAUCGACUCACAUGGCUUCAGGGUCGUCCCUUGUGGCCGCUGUACCGAGAGAGGCGAGCUCUGCAUCAUGCUCGGCUGGGACGACAACUUUGGCCGCGGGCACCAGAGGCUGCGCAAGUGCGGCCGCUGCACUGCCACCAAGCGCCCUUGCAGCAACUCGACCAUCGACCCCGCGACCAUCGAAUACUGGGAGCGGUUCCCCGACGAUGACGGAGAGGACGAGUAUUAA